CUUCCAAGUUUUACUAAUGCUAAUAUGGUAUCAGACGAAAUAAUCUUCUUCUUCCCUGUUCUUCUCGCUAAAUCCAUUCCCACCAUGGUCGCUACCUGCUCAUCUUCUGAAGCUAGAGACGAUUCUCCAAAUGAUUACAUCAACAAUCCUUCGAAUCCUCUCUAUCUUCAUCCCAACGAGAACCCGACCUUAAUUCUAGUCUUUGUACUACUUACAGAGAAGAAUUAUAAUUGACAUAAUUAACAUGAUUGCAAUGCUUGAAUCUAAGAAUAAGGGCAUGUUCGUUGAUGGCACGUUUCCUUCUCGUGCUGCAAAUGAUACUCUCCGCGAACGGCGAACCAUUAACAUUUAAAUCCAGUUUAAGACAAGACAUGAUAUGCAUGAGAUUACCAUAAAUCGGAAUGAACUAAUAAUUAAAGUUCAGUAAAUUCAUGAACUAAUAGUUUAUGUGUGUCGUUACUUUUAAAUGUCUAAAUCCUUCAUUCACGCUCACCCGGGCAACUUAUUCGUUUUUCUUUGUAUAACUACUUGCUCCUUAAUUUGUUUACAAGCAAAUGGUUAAACAGUUCAUGAACUUUUUAACUUUAUUCGCUCUCCUCAUUUUUCUAGAGAAUUAGUUUGUAUAGUAGGGAUUAAUUAAGUAAUUUAUUAAUGCUCCGAUAUUUCCUAGGGCGUAAGCCGCCGCUAGGCCUCUUCUUCCUAGGGCGUAAGCCGCUAGGCCUCUUCUUCCGAUUUCGUUCGCUUCGAUCGAAGAUCGGGUUUCCUUUGUUUGUUUCGAUUUCACAUAGAGAGACUACAGUCGGCCGGCGAGAGUCGUGCGGUUUGGUUGUGAUGACGAAUACUGGAAAAGCAGUUUUGGAUCGUGAUCUUGCUCGGGUUAUGGACUCCUCGCUUGUGUCACUGGUUUCAAUUGGGAAGGUAAGCAUGGAUUCCUGGUUCAUUCGGGCUAUAAUCAUAGGGAAUAAGAAGAUGUCAAUGGAAAUUGUGGUGGUGAGUUGGCAAGGAAUGUUUCAAGAUGAAGGGUUGAUGAUUCGUCCCCCUCCUGAGCCACCACCGAGGCGUUGGAUGGUGGUGGGGAAGAAAACUUAUCAUGGUGUUUUUAUUAUUGUCUGUUUUGGUUAUCUUAAUUUAGGUUGUUUUAUUAUGUUUGUUUUUUGUGUUUUCAUUCCUUGUAUGACUCUUGCAUUAAGGUUGGGGGAGGGAAAGUCUGCGGUAACCGUCAUUGGCUUUAAGUUGCCCAAAUUUGGUCUAGCGAGUUAUACUGCUUUUUUACAGGUGGUUAGCUCUCAGUCUCGGCCACGGGCGGAUGGUUAUUUGUGGUUCUUUUCUAGUUUUACUCCCUUGCUGAAUGCUAUUUUUAUGAAUUAAGCCUUCUUCGAGC